AUGACCUCAACCGAGACCAAGGCCUGCCUCAUCGUUAUCGAUGGCUGGGGAAUCCCCGGCGAGCAGUCGCCCAAGGACGGCGAUGCCAUCACCAACGCCAAGAGCCCUACCAUGGACGCCUUCGCCCAGAACAAGGAGAGCUUUGCUGAGCUUGAGGCCUCUUCCACAGCUGUCGGUCUGCCCGAGGGCCUGAUGGGCAAUUCCGAAGUCGGCCACCUGAACAUCGGUGCCGGCAGAGUCGUGUACCAGGAUGUCGUGAGAAUCGACCAGACAAUUAAGAAGGGAGAGCUCAACAAGAACGAGGUCCUUGUUCAAACCUUUGAGCGAGCCAAGAAAGGCAACGGACGACUUCACCUUGCUGGCCUUGUCAGCCAUGGUGGCGUCCACUCCAAGCAGACUCACCUCUAUGCGCUGCUCAAGCUCGCCAAGGAGAUUGGUGUCCCCAAGGUCUUCAUUCACUUCUUUGGUGAUGGCCGCGAUACUGACCCCAAGAGCGGAGCCGGUUACCUGGAAGAGCUCCUCGAGACCGCUAAGGAAAUUGGCACUGGUGAGAUCGCUACAAUCGUUGGCCGAUACUAUGCCAUGGACCGUGACAAGAGAUGGGAGCGUUGCGAGCUUGCCCUGAAGGGUCUUAUUCUUGGAGAAGGAACGCCAACCGAGGAUCCCGUUCAGGCUAUCAAGGAUGUCUAUGCUCAGGGAGGAUCUAAGGAUGCUGACGAGUUCCUCAAGCCUAUUAUUGUCGGUGGCGAUGAGAGGAGGAUCAAGGAUGACGAUACCGUGUUCUUCUUCAACUACAGAUCUGACCGUGUCCGCCAGAUUACACAGGUUCUUGGCGAUGUUGACCGAUCCGUUCUCCCCGACUUCCCUUACCCCAAGAUCCAUCUUGUUACCAUGACCCAGUACAAGGUCGACUACCCUUUCCCCAUUGCCUUCCAGCCCCAGAAGAUGGACGAUGUCCUUGCCGAGUGGCUAGGAAAGCAGAAUGUUGAGCAGGUCCACGUUGCCGAAACCGAGAAGUACGCACACGUCACAUUCUUCUUCAACGGAGGUGUUGAGAAGAUCUUCCCCUUGGAGACACGAGACAUGGAGCAGGAUCUCGUGCCCUCAAACAAGUCCGUGGCCACCUACGACCUUGCUCCCGAGAUGUCUCAGGACGGUGUCGCAAACCAGGUCAACAAGCGACUGGCAGAGCAGAAGUUCCCCUUCGUUAUGUGUUACGACUCUGCUCUUGUUGCUGUCGAGGCUUGUGACAAGGCUAUUGCCAAGAUCUACGAGGGCUGCAAGAAGGAGGGAUAUGUCCUCUACAUCACUGCCGAUCACGGCAAUGCUGAGGAGAUGAAGUUCGCCGAUGGCAAGCCCAAGACCAGCCACACCACCAACAAGGUCCCCUUCAUCAUGGCCAACGCCCCCGAGGGCUGGGGCCUGAAGAACACAUCCGAGGCCGUCCUCGGAGACGUUGCGCCCACCAUUCUUGCUGCUAUGGGACUCCCUCAGCCCGAGAACAUGACUGGCCAGAGUCUUCUGGUCAAGGGCCUGAAGCGCAACGCCGAAGAGUAA